GUAGCCGCCCUGAAACAAAAUCCAUCUACUUACUACUUUUCUUACAACGAGACUUCUGAUUCUUUUUAGACCGAAAACUUCAGACUUCUCCUCGGUCUCAAUUUAUGUGCGUCCACAUCUAGCUUUGAGUUUGACCCGAUCUCAUCGCUUAUCAUCCGCUCCAAUUCAUAUCAUUUUUUUUCUAGCAAGAUAUGAGUUCUGAUUCCACAAAACCAGAGGAGUAUUUAAGCAAGAUAAAUGAAGUGAGGACAUUACUUGGGCCAUUGCCUGAGAAGUCAUCUGAGUUUUGUUCAGAUGCUGCCAUUGCUCGCUAUUUAGCUGCGCGUAAUGGCCAUGUCAAGAAAGCAACUAAGAUGCUUAAAGAAACCUUGAAAUGGAGGACUCAGUACAAACCUGAGGAGAUUCGAUGGGAGGAGAUUGCACGAGAAGCGGAGACCGGGAAGAUAUACCGAGCUAACUAUACUGACAAGUAUGGAAGAACAGUUCUGGUUAUGAGACCAAGUUCCCAGAAUACAAAGUCUUAUAAAGGGCAGAUUAGAUUCUUGGUGUACUGUAUGGAAAAUGCAAUUUUGAAUCUAUCGGAUAGCCAAGAACAAAUGGUUUGGCUAAUCGAUUUUCAUGGUUUCAACAUGUCGCAUAUAUCCGUGAAAGUGUCGAGAGAAACCGCUCAUGUGUUACAAGAACAUUACCCUGAACGUUUAGGCGCGGCCAUACUAUACAACCCGCCUAAGAUUUUUGAACCCUUUUAUAAGAUGGUGAAACCGUUUCUAGAGCCAAAGACCUGCAACAAGGUGAAAUUUGUUUACUCAGAUGAUAACCUCAGCAAAAAGGUUCUCGAGGAUCUCUUCGAUAUGGAGCAACUCGAGGUUGAAUUUGGUGGAAAAAACAGCGAUGCGGGUUUCAGUUUUGAGAAAUAUGCUGAGAGAAUGAGAGAGGAUGAUUUGAAGUUCUUUGGAAACACCACUGUGACAUCAGCCUCAGCUCUUUUGACCAACUCAGAUUCUGAAGUUUCAGACUCUGAAAAUAAGCAUUUGGAGGACAAAGAAGAUGAGAAGAUCAAGAAUGGGACUUUGGAAUCCUCUUUAGAUACACUGGAAAAACCUAAACCAGAAGCCUAGAAUAGAAGAAGCUUCUGGUUCAACAACAAAUAUGAACUUCUUUCUUACUUAACCCAUCAAUAUAAUUAUAUCAAGCUGGAGCUAUACUCCUUUUUGUUUGUUAUUA